AUGAACGAGAUCACUAUUUAUCUAGUGCUGGAAACGCCUCGAGUGGUACAAUAUCUUGGCUCCUCAUUUUCUCACGAGAAUGGCAAGAGGAUGCUGAACCUGUUUCUCGAGUACCUGCCCGGAGGUUCUUUGCGCAAGCACAUCAACAGGCUCGGAGGACGGUUAAGAGAACCUCUGAUCAAGACGUACACGAGGGCCAUCGUGGAGGCGCUUCAUCAUUUACACGGUAAGGGGAUUGUCCAUGGGGAUGUCAAGGCAGACAAUGUCCUAGUUGGAAUAAACGGUGUGAAGCUUUGUGAUUUCGGUGGGUCCAGAUUCGUGGAUCAAGAUCAUCGACGCGCUAUGAAAGGCACUGCCGCAUGGAUGGCACCCGAGGUGGUGGCAGAACUGGACCAAGGGUUUCCCUCAGACAUCUGGUCUCUGGGCUGCACUGUCAUAGAGAUGGCUACCGGACAAGAUCCCUGGGGCUAUGUGCGUUCGAGAAAAGAGUUGCGAGUCCUUCAGCUCUCGCGGAAGACUCCUGACGUAAGCUCGUUGUCUUUCGAAGUUCAGAGGUUUGUGAAAAAAUGCUUGGUUAGAAAUCCAAAGGACAGAUUGACAGCUGCGCAGCUCCUGGAAGAUGAGUUUCUGUCGAAGAAAUUGGAAGAUUCAUCGACUUCAUCGGCGUCGCCUGCUCUGGCCAGAAUACGGGCGACGUUCCCAGAUACACCGGAGAUGAAAGCGGCAUCAGAGCAGAAGCUUCGUGAACCGAGUGUAACGAUCUCUCCAGCCACCAGCAAGCCUAGGCCCUCGAGACCUGGCCCCUUUUCAUUCUCAAUUGCACCUCUCAACAAAUCAACAAAAUCUCGGCGCGCACAAGCCGUCAAGUAUCUCGAUAGCGAGCCUCUCGUCUCACGAGCUCCUCUGCUGCCUGAGACACCCCUGGACAGGGAUCGCGUUUCUGAUGAGUUGGAGCUUGAAUUUCAACGAAAUCAAAUCCACGAGAAUGCCCACGAUCUGGACAGCCCUCUAGAACCCCAUGAUAUCCCGAGCAAUGAGCCUUCAGAGCCCCCCCGAAGCGCUUCACAGUUCCCGACGUUGGUUAAGUCCGAGCUCUAUGAGAGUCAGAGCGUCUUCUCAGAUCACUCUCCAAGCCUUCGAGGACUCGAAAGGCCACAUCUUCGAGCGAGGGAGGUCGGUGGACAGAUGGACAGUACGAUUCCUUUCGGCACUCAGCGAGACAGUGGGCUCAGUCAAGCACAACCUAACCUUUCCUAUGGAGAGUUCUUGGCCUUACGUAUACCCCGCAGCCCACCAGAUCCUACACCUCCACCAAGAGUUUUCUUUCGUGACCACUCAGAUCCCAGCUCUCGAGUAACUUCACAGAUAAAUGUUCGAGACAUUCACUCAAUUGAUUUCUCUCGACUACCUUCAGAAAAGGACUUCGACAGUCGUGAACGAAGUGCAGAUCGAUUCACUGGAUGUCGCAUACACCGGGGUCUCAGCGGGCCAACCCAUCUGGACAUUGACAGCCUUGUGUACAUGAGACCUGCGCCUUCACCUGCAACCGAUGUUCUCAGUGACAGUUCGGUAGACUUUCCGGUUACUCUGUGUGAAGACAGUCUGGACUCUAUUACCGAGAGCAGUCAUCCGAAAGUGAACACCAGCACGAGCGAAUCUGCAUUGCAAUUUAUGAACUGGAAAGCGCGUGAUAACUCCAUACCACAUUUCAGAGAAAACAUCAACAACUUGAUAACAUUGACCUGUGCUGGUGAUAUCCAUUAG